GCCGCCGGGAGCGCGGCCAGCGCCGCUCCAGAAGAGGCGCCGGGAGCCGCAGGAUCACAGCGCUGGCUCCGCGGGGAUCGGCAGCGCUGCGGCGGCUGGGGAGGCUCGGCUGCAGUGCUCUAUGCUGCUGGGGAUUAUUUUCCUGCAUGUGACUUGGAGGGAGAUAAUCACAGACAGGAUGGAUUAAGGGUACCUGUGGCCAUAUCUCCCAAAGCUCAGUUCCUUGCUGAAAUUGGUUGAACUUUGCCACCUGAAAGACUUAAACACAGCUCCUCUGAGACAAGCAGAAUCACUGAAUUCAGGAGAGUGAAGAUGCUGCUGCUGCUGUUGGAGCAGCUGUUCCUGGUGUCAUUUGUUGGCUGCCUUGCAGAUGUGGAGAGCUCCAGGACGAGGAUGAGGAGCGCGGUGUCGGUGCGCGAGGGCCAGGGGGUCGUGCUGCUCUGCGGGACCCCGCCCCGGGCAGGAGAGCUGUCGUUCGCCUGGAUCUUCAACGAGUACCCGUCGUUUGUGCAGGAGGACAGCCGGCGCUUCGUGUCCCAGGAGACAGGCCACCUGUACAUAGCCAAGGUGGAGCCCUCGGACGUGGGCAACUACAGCUGUGUGGUGACCAGCAGGGCCAGCAGCAGCCCCGUGCUGGGCUCGCCCACGCCGCUGGUGCUGCGCACGGACGGUGUGAUGGGGGAGUAUGAGCCCAAAAUAGAAGUUCAGUUCCCGGAGACACUCGCAGCAGCCAAAGGCUCCACUGUGAAGCUGGAGUGCUUUGCUCUGGGAAACCCUGUGCCUCAGAUUAACUGGAGAAGAACUGACGGGCUGCCAUUUCCAAGUAAAAUAAAGCUGAGGAAAUCCAAUGGCAUGAUUGAAAUCCCUAAUUUCCAGCAGGAGGAUGCAGGGCUCUAUGAAUGCAUUACUGAAAACUCCAGAGGCAAAAACAUUGCCAGAGGACGUCUCACUUACUAUGCAAAGCCUCACUGGCUCCAGACCAUCAAGGAUGUGGAAGUUGCUGUGGAGGACACUUUAUACUGGGACUGCAGAGCAAGUGGGAAGCCCAAACCAUCCUACAGGUGGCUGAAGAAUGGAGAGCAGCUGGCAAUAGAGGGAAGGAUCCAAAUUGAAAAUGGUGCACUUACAAUAUCAAAUCUAAAUCUGACAGAUUCUGGCAGAUACCAGUGCAUAGCUGAAAAUAAACAUGGUGUCAUCUCUUCGAGUGCAGAGCUCAGGGUUGUAGCUUCUGCUCCAGAUUUUUCCAAGAGUCCAAUGAAGAAACUGAUCCAGGUUCAGAUAGGCAGCACAGUUGAUUUUGAGUGCAAACCCAAAGCUUUCCCUAAGGCCAAAUGUUCCUGGAAGAAGGGAGGUGAGCAGCUACACGAAAAUGAAAGGGUCACCCUGUUAAAGGAUGGAGGACUGAGGAUUGCCAACGUGACCAAGGGCGAUGCUGGCAGCUACACCUGCCUGGCCACCAACCAGUUUGGAGCAGCCAGGGGCUCCACCAGCCUCAGAGUCACAGAGCCAACCAGGAUCACCUUGGCACCCUCCAACAUGGAUGUGACCGUGGGGGAGAGCGUGGUGCUGCCCUGCCAGGUGCAGCACGAUCCCCUGCUGGACAUCAGCUUCACCUGGUACUUCAAUGGGACCCUCACAGAGCUGCAGAGGGACGCCUCUCACUUCGAGAAGGUUGGAGGGAGUGCCUCAGGGGAUCUGAUGAUCAGGAACAUCCAGCUGAAGCACAGUGGGAAGUAUGUGUGCAUGGUGAAGACAGAGGUGGACAGUGUGGCCUCUGCUGCAGAGCUCAUUGUCAGAGGCUCUCCUGGGCCCCCUGGGCAGGUGAGGGUGGACGAGGUCACGGACACCACAGCCCAGAUCUCCUGGCAGGAGGGCACAGACAACCACAGCCCCGUCACCACCUACAGCAUCCAGACCAGGACUCCCUUCUCGGUGGGCUGGCAGAGAGCCACCACAGUUCCGGAUGUGAUCGACGGGAAAACCUUCACCAGCACAGUAGUGGAUUUAAAUCCUUGGGUUGAAUAUGAAUUUCGUGUAGUUGCCAGUAACAAAAUAGGAGGUGGAGAGCCUAGUUUGCCCUCAGAAAAAGUAAGAACUGAAGAGGCAGUUCCCGAAAUUCCCCCGUCCGAGGUCAGUGGGGGAGGAGGCAGCAGAUCUGAGCUGGUCAUAACGUGGGAUCCCGUCCCUGAGGAGCUGCAGAACGGGGAAGGCUUUGGCUACGUGGUCGCCUUCCGGCCCCUGGGCACCACGACGUGGAUCCAGACCGUGGUGACCUCCCCUGACACCCCCAGAUACGUCUUCAGGAACGAGAGCAUCCUGCCCUUCUCGCCCUACGAGGUCAAAGUCGGGGUCUACAACAACAAAGGAGAGGGGCCCUUCAGCGCUGUCACCACGGUGUUCUCAGCUGAGGAAGAGCCCAGCACAGCCCCCUCGGGGGUGUCUGCCACCAGCCUGUCCUCCUCGGCCAUCCAGGUGUCCUGGACAGCCAUCCCCUGGAAGAUGAGCAAUGGAAGGCUGCUGGGCUAUGAGGUUAGGUACUGGAAUAAUGGCCAAAAAGAAGAAUCUUCAAACAGAGUGAAAGCAGCAGGGAAUGAAACAUCAAUCAAAAUUACGGGGUUGAGGAGCAACUUGGCUUAUUUCACAGCAGUGCGUGCCUACAACAGUGCUGGGGCAGGGCCCUUCAGUGCCACCGUCAAUGCCACCACCAAAAAGCCACCACCCAGCCAACCCCCAGGAAACGUGGUGUGGAAUGUCACAGACUCCAGAGUCAUCCUGAGCUGGGAGGAGGUCAGAGCCAUGGACAACGAGUCCGAGGUCACGGGCUACAAGGUUCUGUACAGGACCAGCAGCCAGAGCAGGGUGGAGGUGCUGAGCACGGCCAGGACCACGGCUGAGCUCUGGCUGCAGCUCAAGGAUGAUUAUCUCAUCGAGGUCAGAGCCACCACAGAGGGGGGAGAUGGCAGCAGCAGCGAGCAGAUCCUCAUCCCCAGGCUAGCCAGUAUGGAUGCAAGAGGCUCUGCUCCAUCAGUCUUGAGUAUCUUCUGUGUCUCCAGCUUCUUAGCAACAAUAUUUUCCUUGACCCUUAAUUCCAUGUUGUGCUGAUAUAUUUGCAUUUGCUGGGGAGAAAAAAAAUUGGUUACUAAAGUGCUUUUUUAAAAAAAAAACUGCAGUGGUUAAUGCAUGGUUUUUUCUUCUAUCCUGACGUGUUUUUAGAUUCUUUAUAUUUCACUGUAAGUUGAAGUAAAAAUACCAUGUAAAGUUUAGCAGAUCCUUUAAAAGGGAAUCUAAAAUGCCUUAAUACUUGAACCAAAGGAGUUUACAUGCUACAUACUUCAGAUACAGUGUGAGAGAAGGGGAGGGAUGGCACUGCCAGGUCAGGGCUAGGAGGGACAGUGAAAAACUCCAUUUUUGCAGCAACCCUGAAUUGUUCUGCACUGUUGAAAUAACAUUUGGCAUGGAAAAGAUGAAAUCAGAGGUGUGGCUGGUACCAGUGGGAGGGUGACACAGCUCCCAAGGCAGUGCAGGAGUUUGGAUCAUUUUCCUGUGGGGGUUGCUCUAGAUGGAAAGAAAUCCCCAAAGAAAUCCCAGCUGGAGCAGGGCAGAGGCAGGGCCUCCACUGCUGCUCCUGAGAAAUGAUCCCAGCUGUGUUUUGAGGAUGUUUGCACCUUCAUCCACCCACCCUUCACCAGUAAAUUCUGAAAUGCAUUUCCUCAUCUCCCUCCCCACCUUUGCUAACCAGGCUCUUCAUUCAUACUCAAGUUCCCCCAUCAAGGAUGAUGUUCCUGCCCUCCUGGCAGUGUUUCAGUCUGGGAAGUUCAUGGCAAUAUUAGAUAUUUUAAAAAAAUAGUACAACUCUUCAGACUUGCUGUUGUAAAGAAAUCAGAGUUUUCUUUCAUGACAGUAGAUUAAAAAUACAUUAAGCCUGAUUUAUUUGACUUGUAGAGUUGUGGCUUCAGUGAAAUCAGCCUUUUAGACACCUUUCAGAGAGGUCACAGCAUCCCUGCUCCAGGUGACAUAAAGCAUCUCCUCCUAAAGACUGGUUUGUUUUUAUCAUUUCACAAUACUGUUACAACACACAGAACUACAAAGGGAGAACCAGGAUUAAUCAAAUGUUGGUAGCACUGUAGAAGAAACACCUUGAUGUGCACUCAGCUGGCAGAUGAGCUCCAGAUGAGACAAAGUGCUGCUGAGGAAAGCAAGAGCUGUAUAUACUGUACAUAGAGAGCUAUAAAUGAAUUAAAAAUUAGUUGUUUCUCCAUGUGGCUGACCAGUGUUGUUUUCAGACACUUGCAAACAGGGGGGUGGGUGGGACAUGGAAAUCCAGGUGUUCCUAGUGAGUAAAUAGUUCUAUUUCAUGCAACAAAGGGUGACUCUUGUUUCACAAAAUUCUAGUCCAGGUUCCUGUACUGCCCAUUUUUCAUGCGCUUACAUUGUACUCUCACUUGAUUUCUAGUUCUAUAUCUCCAUGAGAUAUGUACCCAGUACCUUGUUUCAUAUUGAAAAGGUUGAAAUUUAUCCUUGAACUUCCAGUUGUGUGUGUAUCCUAUGGUUAUCUGUAUGCAUUCUUUUCUAUGGCUCUAAUAAAAUAUUUAUUACAUUGAGGGAUAAGAGAACAUCU